AUGUUAUUACAAUCGUUAUUUGCUGUAUUGGCCACUUCAGCAGCCUUUGCUUUGGUUGCAGCCGACAAUAUCGCCCUCUACUGGGGCCAAAAUGUCGAAGGUCAACAAAAGAGAUUAAGUGAAUACUGUGAAAAUCCUGAUUUUGAAAUUGUUAUCCUUUCAUCAAUCACAAACUUUUACACUGGUUUUGGUGAUUUUGAUUUUAACUGUUACAAGAAUAGAACCACCCUUGAAAUGAUUUGCCACAACUUUGAAGAAGAUAUUAAACAUUGCCAACAAAAAGGAAAAAAAGUUCUUUUAUCGCUUGGUGCACCAACUUCAGUUGACCCUGUUGGAUUUGAAAAUGCUGAAGAUGCUGUCAAGUUAGCUGAAAACUUAUGGGGUAGAUUUGGAAAUGGAAACGGUAACGAAAAGCCAUUUGGUAAUGCUCUUAUUGACGGUUUUGAUUUACAUAUCACUACUGGUUCUGAUACUGGAUACGUUGAAUUUGCCGAGACUUUGAGAUCCAAGUUUGAUGGAUCAAAGAACUUCUUGUUGACUGCUUCACCAUCAUGUGUCUUUCCUAAUCCACAGCUUGGUAAAGUUUUGUCCCAAGUUCCAUUGGAUUACACUUUUGUUCAAUUUUAUGACAGUCCAUGUCAAACAAACAAGGCAUUCAACUUUGACACUUGGUCCAAGCUUGCUGAUUCUGCACCCAACCCAAACAUGAAAUUAUAUCUUGGCCUCACUACUCGUGACUACACUCAAAGUUUCAUUCCACCAAAAGAUUUGCCAGAAUUUAUUAAGAAAGUGAAUUGUGAUUCCCACUUUGAUGGUAUUUCAUUAUGGGAUGCUUCAGGUGCUUGGUUGAAAGAUAUUGUUGGUGACUGGUUAACAAGCAAGAAUGCUCGUUACAUUGACGAAGUUAAAUAUGUUUUGGAAAAUGAGACUUGUCCAUCUCCUUCUUCUAGCACUACUGCAUCCUCAUCUACUGAACCAUCAUCGUCAGAAGAUUCAACUUCUUCAGGGGAGCCAACAUCUUCAGAAGAGCCAACCGCAUCUACUGAACCAACUUCAUCCGCAGAGACAUCAUCAACAGAGGAAUCUUCAUCCGCUGAACCAACCUCGUCUGAAGAGCCAACAUCUUCGGAGGAACCAACAUCUUCUGCCAAGCCAAUAUCAAGUGAAGAGCCCUCUUCAUUUGCAGAACCAUCAUCUUCCGCUGAGCCGUCAUCGUCAACUGAACCAUCAUCUAGUGAAGAACUAACUUCAUUGGCUGAAUCAUCCUCAUCAGCUGAGUCGUCUUCAUCAGCUAAAUCAGCACCAAGUGAAGAGCUAUCAUCUUCUGAAGCGUUAACUUUCCCUGCUGGGCCAACAUCAAGUGAGGAACCAACUUCAUCAGCUGAACCAUCCUCAGCAGAAACUACAAUUAGGGAUUCAUAUGUUUAUGUUCCAACAACCACUAUUGCAAGCCCUACUGUUGUUACUAUUACCUCCUGUUCCAAUGACAUUUGUGUUUUGACAUCAGUUACUACAGGACUUACCACCGUCACUGAAGACCAUAGCACAUACACCACCUUUUGCCCAUUAAAAACAACAGAAACUGACAACGAAGACAAAGAAGAAGGUACAACUGAAAUCAGUGACGAGAUUAGUACAACUACAGUGACUAUAACUUCAUGCCAUGAUGAUGUUUGUAGUGAGUAUCCAGUUACUACUGGUGUCACCACAAUCAUUGAUGAUUUCACCACUUUCACCACCUAUUGUCCAUUACCAACGACUGAAAGUGACUUCGACGAAAAUGGGUCAAGUAAGAAACCCACUGAUGAAUCCACAGAGCAAAUCGAAACUACUACAGUGAUUAGAACUACAUGUCACGCAAAUACAUGUUCUUCCGUUCCUGUUAUUACUGGACUAACAACUGUCACUGAAAACAAUACGGUUUAUACUACUUAUUGUCCAUUACCUACGUCAACUGCUGUCACAGAAGCCAACGAAGGUGAGUUGAAAACAGACACCACAAUGAUGGGUGCUACUGAAAUUGCUGAUACAACUACCAAAGGUGCUGAUACAACUGCUGCUGCUAUUACUGCUACAAGUGAAGCAGAUGAAACCAAAAUUGCUACAAUCACUGGUGUGGGUGAGGAGACCAACGGUGCAAACACUGUGACACUUGCUAGUGGUGCACAAGGAGAGUCAACAUCUUCAUCAAACGUACCAGUAUCGCAACUGCAAACAGUGGCGGGUGAAUCUAACCAAAAUACUAGUCCUCAAGAAUCAGAUGUUUCUGUUUAUGAAGGUAAUGGCGCAAGAUCAUUCAAAAUGGAAAGUAUCUUGACUGUUCCAUUGUUUUUGCUUACUUUGAUAAUUUAA